CCAGUCCGAAUCAAAAAGAGCCUUUUAGAUGCAGUCCCAUUGCAGCAUACAGAACCUGAACGCCCUCCUGCUACUCCAGCCUCCUUUUGUACCCGCUUAGAAGCCGAGAAUAUAAGCCUUGGUGGCAUGCAGAAUACCCCUGAAGAAGCAAGGGUACCUGUCACUCAAGAUACAACCUAUGCCUCAGGCAAUACCAUUAUUACUCUGGUGGCUGAGAACUCGACGUUCAAACGACGAAACCCAUUCUCUCCAUCUCGACGUAGCCGACAGCAGCGAUCAGCGUCUAGUGACUUGACGCCAGUCGAAGAUUCGCCAUCACCCAAAAGACAACCAAAGGGUUUAGUAGACAAUCAUACAGCCCCGGCUGCCGGAAUUCGCAAGUCUCAGCACGGACUGAUGGAUUCUAUGUCACAAAUCACAAAGGAUGUAAUGUAUCGCUUCGGGGAAGAAGAGGAUGCAAUCCGUGCAAAAGUCAAGCAAUUUCGGGUGGGAGGGACUGCAGUUGUUGGAACUCUGAGAGAGGCUUGGAACGACCGCCUUCUCCACCAUUACGGGAAGCUGAGGAAGGAUCUUGAAGAAGAGAAAGCAGCACUAGACAAAGCUAGCGAAACGCUUAAUGCAGCAAAGGCGGGGCAA